UUGAAUUGUUUCUAUACAUUUUCUCAUUUCUUAUUCUAUGUUUUCAUAUUUCAUUUUAUUUUGCUUCUGGUUAUUUAUUAUUUUUACUAGUUAUCAUUAGUUUUAGGGUUUUAGUUUAUUGGUUUAUUUUAGACCUGCCUCUGGUGUUACUUAGAUCAGGCGUCUCAAGUGACACAUUUUUUUUAAAUUGGAGAAAAGCAACUGUUUAGUCCGGAUGGGUGAUAUUAUAUUAUAGUAGAAUUAUAUCACAAUAUUCCAUAAAUGUAUCGCAAUAAUGUUAUUGGUGACCAUAUUUAAUAAAAUGCCAAAAUAAAAGUGUUUGUUUCAGGAUGCAAAAUGAUUAUCAAAAUAAAUUUUAAAAAAACACAUAAAUCAUAACUUGGGUGUACCCGACUUUCGCCCUAUGUCAGCUGGAAUUUUAGAGCAUCUUAUGUUAUUAGUCCAUUAUGUUUAUACCAGAUGGAGGGUUAAAGAGAAAAUGUGCUAAUCAUAAAAAAAAACGACAUUUAUGAAGAUCAGCUUUGGUCAUUGGGUUUAGUCAACCUCUAAUCAUCAUUACUGAUUUACUUGAAAACAUAAUACAUUUCUUUUGUGGUUUGUUUCAGAAAAAUACGUUUGCUAUUUGACUGUUAUUUAUUGUGCAAACGAUUCAUAUACCUGUAGCGAAUAUCCAAUUAAAUCAGAACAUAUGUGUUAGUCAUCUUACAUCUCACAGUGCCUUAAACAGAAUACAAAAACUAAAAAUCUUUGAGAGACAGGGGAAUAUAUUUCUCUAGUUUUUUCUCAGUGUGCAGAAUGUGGCCGUACAAUUUUGACAGCUGUGUUUUUGUUACGUCACGCGCAUGCGCUGUGAGUUUCACGUCGCCAUGGCUGACAGAGGCUGGCCAGACUGUGCGAAGAGUUUGAAAGGUGUUGUGCUGGACUUGUGCGGCGUCUUAUAUGACAGCGGGGAGGGCGACGGCGUGGCUAUACCCGGCUCCAUUGAAGCCGUGCAAAGGCUCAAGACGUCCGAUCUGCAGCUUCGCUUCUGCACCAACGAGACCCAGGCCACCAGAGAGAAGUUUGUGGCCAAGCUGCAGAGGCUGGGCUUUGACAUUUCUGUGUCUGAGGUAUUCUCUCCUUCUCCUGCAGCAGUAGCUGUGCUUAAGCAGAGAGGUUUGCGGCCUCACCUGCUGGUUUAUGAUGGAGUUCUCCCUGAGUUUGACAGUGUUGACCAGACCAACCCAAACUGUGUGGUCAUCGGAGAUGCAGCUGAAAACUUCUCCUACCAGAACUUGAAUGAGGCAUUCAGGGUCCUAAUGGGCCUGGAGAAGCCAGUGCUGUUCUCUCUGGGCAGAGGGAGAUACUACAAGGAGACAGAUGGUUUAAAACUAGAUGUUGGGGUUUACAUGAAGGCUCUGGAGUAUGCCUGUGAUUUAGAGGCUGAAGUCAUUGGAAAGCCUUCCCCCAUGUUCUUCCAGAGUGUUCUCAGUGACAUGGGCCUCCAGCCUUGCGAGACUUUAAUGAUUGGGGACGAUUUGGUGAACGAUGUCGGUGGAGCCCAGCACUGUCGUAUGAAAGGCGUACAAGUCCGGACUGGCAAAUACAGGCCUGCACCGACCGCCACAGUGCUCUGAUGUUUCCCUCGCCAAAACCCAUUGCCCCUCUUCUCUCAAUCAACUCAAGGAAGAAGGUGUCCUCAGCA